AUGAUAUGGUUUAUAUCUGGGAGGCUGGCAGUCGGCUAUGUGUUUGAUAGUUACAAUGUGAAUAGUAUUUCGCGUUUGCCAAACCCUCCAGAGGCGGGGCUUCAUCUAUUCUUUCCUAUAUUAAUUCGGGUACGGACGAGAAAACUAGAGAGGGCUGAAGUCACUGAGCGAAAUAGGAGCACCUCUUCUAUAUGAAUCGGGUUGGGGAUCGAGCGUGGCAAACGACGUGGAGGUAGAAAAGAACGGGACGGGAAAAUGUUGGCAGUACUGGAAGGUGAAGGACAGGAAGAUGAAGAAACUGAGGAGUUAGAGGGCAGUAUAAAGUAA